GAGGCAUCGGUUCUUCUUUGGCGCGUCUCGCAGCUGACGAUCGCAAUUCGCACUUCCCAGCAACUUAGCUUCACUUCGCUCUACGCUUGGAAUCGGGCUUCUAUCUGAAAACCUCACCGGAAGACCGCCUGCUGACGGCUUCACUGUCAGAGUUCCGUACCAACAAUGACGAAAGAUCCCAGUUCUUCGAUCGUCCGUCUCAACAUCGGAGGGAAGAAAUUUUCCACUACCGUUGACACUCUGACGAAUCGAGAGCCGCAGUCGAUGCUUGCAGCAAUGUUCAGUGGUCGACAUACUCUGUGUCAGGAUUCUGAUUCGGUAUGGGUUUCUACUUUCACCAGCCUCAUGAUGGGCUCGAAUACGAACUCGACGAAACCAUAUCAUCAGCAUCUUCAUUGCUACCUGCGUGCUCUGCAGCGAGAGUCCAAAAUCAGAAGUCGAUGGUGUUGCAUUCCACAGGGACAGAUCUUUGUUGACAGGGAUGGGAAGCAUUUUAGGCAUGUUCUGAAUUGGCUGAGGGAUGGAGUAGUCCCCACUCUAUCAGAUGCGGAAUAUUCGGAGCUUAUGCGAGAGGCUGAAUACUAUCAGCUACUUGGGCUUAUAGAUGGAAUCAAUUCUGCUCUGAAUAAGAAGAAGGAAGCUGAUGAUCUAGAUACUGAAUUGACACGAACAGAUAUCAUCAAGUGUAUACAGUCUGAGAGGGUCCGGUUUAGAGGGCUUAAUCUUUCUGGCCUAGACCUCUCCAAAUUGGAUCUAUCGUUCGUUGACUUCAGCUUUGCUUGUCUCAAGAAUGUCUUCUUUUCACGUGCUAAUCUUCAGUGUGCUAAAUUCAAGGAUGUGGAUGCUGAGGGUUCCAUAUUUCAUAAUGCUACUUUGCGGGAAUGUGAAUUUACUGGUGCAAAUCUACGUGGCGCUGUAUUAGCCGGGGCUAAUCUUCAGAGUGCAAAUCUACAAGAUGCUUGUUUAAUAGAUUGCAGUUUCUGUGGGGCAGAUCUACGCACAGCUCACUUACAGACUGCUGACUUUACCAAUGCCAACUUGGAGGGGGCAAACCUAGAAGGAGCCAAUCUGAAGGGUGCAAAACUGAUCAACGCUAAUUUAAAGGGUGCAAACCUGCAACGUGCUUAUUUGCGACAAGUCAACUUUCAGAACACGCAUCUGGAAGGUGCGAGGCUUGAUGGUGCCAAUUUGCAUGGGGUGAUUCGAUGAUGUCGAAGCUAAAUGACAAAAUGGAUCAUCGACAAAGGUCUGACCUUUGUAAUUGUACCCCUUCCAGUUAUGAAAUAACAAGGUUGGUGGUGGGGAUGGAUUGGUGAAUUUAGCUGGGUUGAAGCUGGUGGAGAAUCAUGUUAAUAUAAAGCUUCACAUUUUUAUGUAAGUUGUGAAACUAAUACAGUAAUGGUUCUCAUCUGUCUCCUAACUAGUUUCUACUUCCGAGUUCAUUCGUGCAGAAUGUUUUGUUCUAUCUAAUUCACUUCAUUGACAUCUAGCAUUGGUUGGAGACUUGAGCUUCACGAUUUUUUCCUUACAGGACAGUCAAUUGUUUCGUUCAGACUAUAUAGAGGCAGCGGGUAUGAUGUUAAUCUUGUGCACUC